AUGAUGCUAAACAGGCUUUUUGGUUCCCUAAGAACGUAUGCAACUAGGGCAAAUCUUUCGAAACUGAGAAAUAUAGGUAUUAUAGCACAUAUCGAUGCUGGUAAGACUACUACAACCGAAAGAAUGUUAUACUAUUCUGGUAAGAUCAAUAGAAUUGGAGAUGUAGAUCAAGGUGACACCAUUACUGAUUUUUUACCACAAGAGAGGGCGAGAGGUAUAACCAUUCAAAGUGCGGCAAUAUCUUUCAAUUGGCAAGAUAAUUACAAGAUAAAUUUAAUAGAUACACCAGGACAUGCAGAUUUUUCUUUCGAAGUGAUUAGGGCCGUUAAAGUUCUGGAUGGAUGUGUUACCAUAUUAGAUGCAGUAGCAGGUGUCGAGGCACAGACUGAGAAAGUAUGGAAGCAAUCAAAGAAUAUACCCAAAAUCUGCUUUAUCAACAAGAUGGAUCGUGAAGGUGCUGGAUAUAGUAGAACUGUUAAAGAACUAAUCACUAAGAUGAGAACCAAAGUUGCCCUGAUUAAUAUGCCCCUGUUCAAAUACGAUACCAAGACGCAAACCAAUUCCUUUGAAGGUGUCAUCGACUUGGUUAAUCAGAAAGUUUUGAAAUGGUCUGCACAAGACCCUGAUCACGUAGAAGUGAUUGAGGCGAUAGAGGCUGCUUCGGAAAUUAAAGAACAAUUUCUGCAGGGCAGGGAAUCUCUUGUGGAAGCUUUGGGAGAAUUUGACGAAAGUUUAGUGGAAUAUUUCUUGGACCAAGCGGAAGGUGAUUAUUUAAAGAUUCCCGCCAAUUUAUUGAACCAAUCGAUAAGACAAGCGACUUUGCAUCAGCACUUGACUCCAGUUUUGUGUGGGGCUUCAUUUAAAAAUAUUGGUGUGCAACCUUUACUUGAUGCAGUGGUCGAUUACCUACCGUCUCCUUUAGACGCUAGAAUCCCAGAGGUCAAUCAUGAUCAUUUGCCCAUGUCCCAAGAUCCUAAAGUAGGUGUUCUCAUUAAUGGCAAUAAAAAUUUGUGUGUUGCAUUUGCGUUUAAAGUAAUAACAGAUCCCAUAAGAGGAACGAUGAUUUUUAUCAGAGUGUACUCAGGGACAUUGAACAGCAAUAGUACUGUUUACAACUGUUCUAGAGCUAGCAAAUUUAAACUGGGUAAAUUGGUUCUACUACAUGCCAAUGUUUACGAAGAGACGCCUCAACUCUAUCCAGGUGAGAUUGGUGUUUUGUCAGGUGCUAAUGUAGCUAACAAUGUUUCUACAGGCGAUACUAUUGUGAGCCAUUCUGUGAAGAAAGAUGGAUUAAAAUCACUAAAUAAAAAUACCGAAUUGACUUUAAGAAUUAACCCAAUUGCGGUUCCGCCACCUGUUUUUGUUGUCUGUGUAGAACCAAAAACAUUGGGAAACAAAAAAGCUAUGGAAGAAGCUCUCAGUCUUAUUGUGAGGGAGGAUCCAAGCUUAGUGGUCUCGAAGGACGAAGAAACUGGUCAAACGCUCUUGGGCGGUAUGGGAGAAUUACAUUUGGAAAUUGCCAGAGACAGAUUAUUGAAUGAUUUACAUGCAGGUGUCAACAUCGGUAAAGUAAUGGUCUCUUACAAAGAGGCUAUCAAUGAAUCAAGCCAAGAGUCCACUGCCGAAAAUGAUAGCGGUUGUCGCUUUACACUGUCAGUGGAACCAAUACCACUAGAUGUUCCGAUAGAAGAGACAAUUGCCUCUGACAAAAGUGGUUCCAAAUGGUAUCCACUCGGUAGCGAUAAUAACUACCUUGUGGUAGAACCUCACGAAACUUACAAAUUGGAUAAUUGGAAGUUACAAGUUCCUUAUGAUUCAAUCAUCAAUGCAAUAUUGUCUAGUAGUAUCGCAGCUCUACAAAAGGGUGGAAAAGUGGCAAAUUUUGCUUUACAUUCGUGUGCAGUUAAGUUGAAAGGUAAUUGGCAAGUACCUUUGGAUAUGGAAAAUGUUACUGAGGUUUUGCCGCUAACGAGGAAUCUCAUAAUGGGGAUGCUUGACUCGUUACCAUCCAAUGACUAUUCUGUGUUAGAACCUGUAAUGAAUUUGGAAGUUAAUAUUCCACAAAAGGACGUAGGACCUGUAAUGCAGGAUCUCACAGGGGCUCGUAAGGCAAAUAUUCUGUCCAUCGAAGAUGAACAUGAAAUGUCCGAAACAGACGAUAGUUUAAGCAGUGCUGAUUUCCAUAAAAUGGCACAACAACAGUACUUACCUCCAGACAUGACCCUAAAAAGUGCUCGAUUGGGGGAAAUCGGUAUUAGCAACAAGAUUAUCAGAGCUCUGGUACCGCUCAGAGAGAUGGUUGCUUACACGAACAAGAUUAGAAGUUUGACUCAAGGAAGAGGUACAUUCCACAUAGAUUAUCAUGGGAUGGAUAGAGUUACACAAGAUCGUUUGGAGUCUGUAAUUAACGAAUAA